CAACUGUUCUUCCCAUCACCCAGUCGGCCGUCCCCCAGUCCCUGGGAUGGGGAGAGGAAGUAGGGGCACCUGGCCCCAGCGUGGGGCAACUGCAACUGCCUCCGGGUGUGGGGGCUAUAAGAGGGACAGGUGGGCACAGAGGGCAGAAACCCAGGAGCCCCCAACCGACCAUGACCCAAAGCUGCAGAUACUUCAGCCCCGCCCUGGCCCCCAUCCUGCUGGCCCUGCUGCUGGGCGGCCCCGCGCUGGCCUCGGAGAUCGUGGGGGGCCGGGCGGCCCGGCCGCACGCCUGGCCCUUCAUAGCUUCGCUGCAGCGGCGCGGAGGCCACUUCUGCGGCGCCACCCUCAUCGCGCGCAACUUCGUCCUGUCGGCAGCGCAUUGUCUGAACGGCCUGAACUUUCGAUCAGUGCGCGUGGUGCUGGGGGCGCAUAACCUGCGGCGGCGGGAGCGAACCCGGCAGAUGUUCAGGGUCCAGAGGGUCUUUGAAAACGGCUUCGACCCCUUGAGGCUGGAGAAUGACGUCGUGGUUCUCCAGCUCAACAGGAUGGCCACCCUCAACGCCAAUGUGCAGGUGGCCCGGUUGCCUGCCCAGGACCAGGGCGUGGGCAAAGGUGUGCAGUGUGUGGCCAUGGGCUGGGGCCAGCUGGGCACAAACCAGCCACUGCCCCAAAUCCUGCAGCAGCUCAAUGUGACCGUGGUGACUGGCCUCUGCCGCCCCACCAACGUGUGCACCCUGGUGCCACGCCGGCACGCUGGCAUCUGCUUUGGGGACUCCGGCGGGCCCCUAGUCUGCAACGGGCUGGUCCAUGGGAUCGAUUCCUUCGUCCGUGGAGGUUGUGGCUCCGGGGUCUUCCCAGACUCCUUUGCCUCUGUCGCCAAGUUUGCCAACUGGAUCAACUCUAUCAUCCAGCGCCACGGUGACGAUGGCCCCUCCCUCCACCCCAGGGACCCCGUGGGCAGGACCCGCUAGAAAAGCUGCACCUGUCACGCCCCCUCACCUGCCCCUGGCUGGGCCUUUCCCAUGAAGCAUCACUCAGCAUCUGGCACAAUAAAAACCUCUCUCUGUUUUGUA